AUGCCAGACUUGCGUAUUGGAACGAGGGCCGCUAUCAUAUCCUGUUUUGAGUACAGUGACGCACCAUGUCUCCCCUGGGAUGCAGAACACGGCAUUCUUGCAAAAGUUGGCCUAAGCGAAUUCCACCACCGUGACGGCCUCGAUGUGUCCAUGCCACUCUUCUCCAUGGUGACAUUCAUUCAUUCAAACCGGAGCAGCGACGCUUUCCGCCCGCACAAACAGGAAAUACCUCGUCACCUUCAGACACCAACCAAGUCUGCUCGCUCUGAUGCCAUGCGCAACCACCUCCCCAAGCUUCACAACCGCAGGGACAUUGUGUUGGUGUGCGCGUGCCGGUGGUUUGGCGAAGCGCGAAUGGGCCGAGAGGGGAAGGUUGGAUAUGACCCCUCGUGUAAGCAGGCAGAAGAAGAGUUCAACAAGUACACGUGCACGGAUCUGGCGCUGAAGACCAAGUUUGGGCUCAUCAUCAUGGCUGCGGGUGCCAUACCCGUCAUUGUCGUCGAUCACUACGUGCUGCCCUACCAGGACCUGCUGGACUGGGAGACGUUCAGCACUCGCAUUCCCCGAGCACAGGCUCCUCGAGGUGUGCUUCCGAUAAUCCUGCGGUCGAUCCCUGAUGAGGUGGUGGAGAUGAUGCAUAGACGCGUUGCGUUUGUGUUUGAGGAGUUCUUCAAGCCAACACUGGAGUCUGCCAGGAUCAACCUGUUCAGCGGCGACAACGCGUGGCAGGUGGCCCUUGAGCCAGCAGCUGUCACCCCUAACCACCACUGCUCUGGCGGGAUGAACAGACGGGCGCUGCCAUGUGAUGACCAUCCAGCCACGCUUGUGCGAUUGCGGAAGCAGCAACACCAACUCACACCGCAAAGCAAGCAAGCGAUGAACAACGUGACCAUCGCCCACGGGAGCUGGCUGCCUGCUGCUGGUAACAGGUGGCGACAGCACAAGUUGCAUUUUCGGUUGGCAGCAGCAGCAGAGGCGAUGCACACUUAUAGGCAGGAUGAGGGAAAUGUCGAGGAUACUUCCCACGCGUGCCAGGUGCACUCGCCUCACACAUGGUAUGUGGGGGGGCGACUGCCUGAGGAUCGUUGGAGGAUGAUGGGCGGUGCACACAUGAUGGGUUGGGAGCAGCAGCUGUGGACACACACGUCCAUGGUCAUGGGGGGCACAUCCAACCACAGCGACGCAGUCAUGCGCAGCUCCGCUCUCACCACCGCCAUCACCGCCAUUGCCAUCGACCGCACAGCCGCCAUCACACUCCGGCCGACACCAGCCCCAAUCUGGCGUGAGGCAGACCUUGCACAUGUCACUCGCUCUCAUCAAGAGGUGAGCAAUGUCGUUGAGGAGGCGCAUGAAGCGGUGGAACCAACGACGAUGACGAUGACGAGUGAUGCAGGUGAGAGGCCGACUGAGAUGUGUCAACAGCUGAUGGCUGGCUGCAUUUUGGAUGAAUUGGCCCUCUGCCUCUCGUCCAUCUCCUGCUCCUCCUCGUCGUCAUUGGUCACCAACAGCAGCGACUGCGACCAUGGAUGUGGAGGGUGUGAUGUGCGUCGAUGUGCCGUUGCCUCGGGUGACGAUGACGAUGGUGGUGGUGAGUGA